UGAGGGACCGACCACUCAGGCACAAAGUUAUAAAGGAGGCUAUGGUUUGAAGGUCUCGUGUGUAAAGGUGUUCUGUGGUUCUGUGCUACUACGGCUCGCGACUUCCCGGAGGUGGUGGAGCACGCGGUGUGACUGAAGCUGUGUUGUGGCUGUUGCCUCCUGUAAUUUGCUCCGGUGUGUUUGGGUCGUGUUCGCUUCAGUUAUUUACCCACGGCCAUCGCGCGACCUUCGGAUCUGCUAUCUUACUUUCAGCAUGUCAUCGGCACAGCACUCAAACGACUUUUACAGCCAGGGCAAGGCGUACUGGGAGACCAUUCCAGCCACCAUAGAUGGCAUGCUGGGCGGCUACUCUGAGAUCAGCAGCAUAGACAUCCACUCAUCAAAUCGGCUACUCAAGCAUUUUCGUCAGGACAAGGCGGCUCCUCUAGGAAGGCAGCGUGCACUCGACUGCGGGGCUGGCAUCGGCCGCAUCACCAAGCACUUACUACUGCCACUGUUUGACGCUGUUGACAUGGUAGAACAGAACCAGGCCUUUUUGGACCAGGCGCGAACUUACAUUGGCCAUGGAUCAGAGCGUGUGGAGAACCUUUUCUGCCAAGGUCUGCAGGACUUUGCUCCAGAGGAAGGCUACUACGAUGUGAUCUGGUGCCAGUGGGUGACGGGACAUCUGACUGACGUGGACCUGGUGUUGUUUGUGCAGCGGUGCCUCCAGGGCUUGCGAGACAAUGGCAUUUUUGUCAUCAAGGACAAUAUCACGCAAGACAGUGUUGACGUUGACAACCGUGAUGGAAGCAUCACACGUCCCCGCAACCUCUUUUUGCAGCUCUUCGAGAAAGCUGGUGCCCGUGUGCUUGCCGACCGCAAGCAGUACCGUUUUCCCAAAGGCUUGUAUGAAGUGAGGACGUUCGCCCUGAGGUGAUUGAUGCUUGUUGUUGCCUGCAGUGUCUUCAAAUGGGUUGCACAAAAUUGCAAGUACUUCUGGUCACCUGAAAUACAGCCUCAAGGCGUGCAUUUAGCAUGCCUCUUUCUCUCGUUGCU